GCAUAUCCACCCGGACGAAAGAAGCACACAUAUUUCUUUGCAGGUCGCUAGCAAGGUAGCUUUAUUUAAAUGUUAAAAAAGAAAUUUUUUGCGGUGCCUGUGUCUUCUCUCUUCCCAAUCAAUUCCUCGCCUCUGACCAACGCACGAGAAAACACCCUUUCCACUCUCCGCGAUCACCUUGGCUGCUUCAGAUAAGUCGUGGUGACUCCUCUUACUCUCUCCUUCGUGACAACACCCUUUUCCGGUUUGAAAAGGGAGGAAGGUAGCAAAGAGCCAACAAUGGGCGGCAAGGCGAAACCAACGAAGCACACGGCGUCCGAGACGGCGCGCAAGAACCACCUGGCCACGACGAACAUGGGCGGUGGCGCGGCUGGGCUGCAGGACCGCAAGGGCGGCGCUGCCGGACACUCCCGGUUCAUCUGCAAGGUGUGCAUGGCGCAGGCGCCGGACAUGAAGUCAAUGCACGCGCACUACGACUCUCGUCACCCGGCGGUGACCUUCAACGAGUCGGACUUCGAUGACCUGCAAGAGAAGUUCGGUGGAACGACAAAGGGUGUUGCCGUCCAUGGCAGCCUGAAGAAGAAGUAG